AGUCUUUGAUAGACAUACAAGACACAUAAGCUUAAGAAGACGACAGGCUCCCACAUUUGUGUGGUGGAACAACACUAGAAUGAGCAAAACUUCGGAUUCUGAUGGGAAGACUGUGGACAUUCCUCCAAACCCAAACCAAAGUACCCCAUUAGGAAAGACUGAAAAGCCUGGUACCCUGAAACAUUUGCUCGACAAGCUGCAGAAAUUCCUGAAGGGGAAUCUAAAAGCUCUGGGGGUGGCUCAGAUUAUGAUUGGUGUGAAAUGCAUCUUUUAUGGGAUAAUUGGAUUUUUUGCUUUUGAUUCUGAAAUGUACCCAACUAUUUUCUUCUCAAUUUACACAGGCUUCCCUUUAUGGGGGGCGUUGUCUUUUAUCGUGUCUGGAUCUCUGACUGUUGUGUCUGCCAAGAAGCAAACAAAAUCACUGCUGAGGAAGAAUAUAGGUGCUAACACUGUUAGCACAUUGGUCUCGAUUGUUGGGAUCUGUAUUCUGUCAUAUAAUUUAACAAAAAAUUUCUGCUAUGAUUGCAAGGAGGAAACUCUCUGUUUGGGCAUCAAAUCAAUUGCAAUUGGACUUGUGAUUGUCCUAAUGAUCCUAACUUGUCUGCAAAUUUUAAUUUCACUCCCUCUCUCCAUGCUCGUCUAUAAUGUGGAUGACAGGAAUAUUCGCUGGAUUUCUGUAUUUUUUUGCUGGAAAUCACCUUCUGAAAGUCCUUAUCAAGACUUGUUGCCUCAAACUUCAAUCUAUCAAGAACUUGAAUGUAAAGAAGAAACACCUUCAUGUUAUCCCACAGAUACUAGUAAACAAAUAUGAAGCUAUACUUCUGUAUUUUGGAUCCACAGUGAUAGCAAGAAGAUCAUACUGUGACCACUGAGGCAUAAAUAUACACGUGUGAGAAUACAACUGUGUGGUUCAAAGUCAUAAAGACAGCAACUAGCAUCUAUAGCAUCAAGAAUUUGGUUGUCACUAUUCUUUUGGUUGGAUGUUAUCACAGGCUAGGUGUAUGCUCUGUAACAAAACUUAACUUUGAAAUAUUGGUGGCUUAACACAUCAGAAGUUCAUUUACUGCAUACUUUACAUGUUCAUUGUUAGUUGGCUGUUUAGACCCACACUGAUAUGGGUUCUACAAAAUAGAAUAAUAUCUCAAAAAGUUUUUUUUAUUUUGCCGAGGUAGGGAAAAAAAAGUUAGAAGUUGGACCUCUGGCAAUGAGAUACUUUGGUCGAGAAGCAUGUGUCAUUCUGGCCACAGCUCAUUAAAUGGUGACCUUCCCAGUGCUGUGUGGGAGACAGGAAAUGUAGAGGGACAGAAAAUAUCAGUGAAUAAUAUUAUCUCCACCCCAGUGUUCUUCAUCAGCUAGGAUCUAUUUUCUGAGAUCACAAUUCAUUUUCCUUAUUCAUUCAUUACUACAUGUUAGAAAAAAAUCUCAAUUCCUCCAACUCUCAAAUGUAUGAACAUAAAGCUCCAUUCCUUUCUUAAAACUCUGAAGUUUAACCUUUCUUUGAUGAAGCACAGUGAAGUCAGUGGAGACUUUCCUGGACCAGUCGUGAACAUUUUGCAUGAAGUCUUUGGUCCGUCAUUUUUACACUCUGUGACUUUGGAUGUGUUUCUUUCCUGACUAAACAUCAGUUUCCUUAUCUUUCAAA